AUGAUCAAUAGUCUUCACUCUCUACUUUGUAUCCUUCUUUCUCAAAUUCACAUCAUGAGCUUCCACGAAUCUUCUACCGAUAUCGAGCUUGACGAUGACCACAUCCUCAAGGCGACCCUCCGCGAUGGGGACGGCGAGGAACACGAGUCAGAAUUGAAUCUGAAUGAAAUUAUUGGCAACAACGAUGGUCAAUUUGCAUGGGGAGGAGGCGGCUUCCUGGACAGCGCGGACGACAUCAGCUUUGAACUUGAAGGAGACGAUAAUGUCCCUGUGCUGCGAGCCAAGCUCAAGGAUGUUGAGGGAGAAGAGCAUGACGCGGAUAUCAAUUUGGCAGAGUGCAUUGGCAACGACAAUGGGCAACUUGUCUUCCACGGCUAA